CUUCGACUUUAUCGCACCUCGAAACACAAUCACCGCCCCACUCACCAUGACUCGGCCACUCCUCUCCCUCGCCGGCCCCGCCCUCCGCCGCAGCGUGAUGCACCAUGCUCGCCCACCUCGCAUGCCGGCACUGCACUCGCCCCACACCCCACCAAAGGUCCGCCCCUCGGCGGGCACCUCGACUCCUCACCCGACUGCGCUCGCUGGCGAGGUUGCACCCACGACAUCCUCGACCGCGCUCGAGGGGUCCAACCUUACCUUCCACUACUCCCCGCCUCCCACCGCUCCAUCUUACACUACCGGCCGCAAGCCCGACCUCCUGCGCUGGAUCGGCGGAGAGGGCGUCCAGCUCACGGGCGAGGAGGCUGCCCCGCUUCGCCGGGCACCGCGCGCACAUGCGCCUAUCGAGUGGUCGGAGGAGGUCGUGAGCCAGAUCAAGACGAUGCGUGCCGAGGGCAAGUCUCGUGGAAAGAUCGCCAAGGCACUGUCCAUUCCCGCCGAGCAGCAGCACGUGAUCCACCGCGUCGCGCCAGCGUCCAAGACUCAGCUUGCAGACAAGGCUGAGGCCCUCGAGAGGCAAAAGGAGAAGUGGUCGCCCGCGCGCAAGCUCAGCCGCGCGGUCCGCGAGCGCCGCAAGCUCUACUGGUAGACCGGAUGUAUUACAUAGCCAGCGCAUGCCACACAUCGAUCCAA